AAAGGAGUGUCAUUAGACUCUGAACUGCUUGGAGCCAUGAGGGCGACACUGUUGGCUGUGGUUUACAUCCCAUUCAUCGUGGCUCUGGAACGAAUCCCCUUGAUUCGAUUCAAAUCUAUCAAGAAACAGCUGAAGGAAAAGGGAGAAUUAGAGGAAUUUUGGAGGAAUCACCACCCUGAUGUUUUUGCCCGGAGGUAUCUGCAUUGUUUCCCUGCAGAUAUUGCUUUAUCAGUAGGAACUACUUCAGAAAGGCUGUAUGAUUACAUGAAUGCGCAGUACUACGGGGUUGUGAGCGUCGGGACACCGCCCCAGAGGUUCACCGUCGUGUUUGACACCGGCUCCUCCAACUUCUGGGUCCCUUCCGCUUAUUGCAUCAGCGAGGCCUGCAGGGUGCACCAGAAAUUUAAGUCCUUCAAGUCAGAUUCAUAUGAGCACGGAGGGGAAGCCUUCUCCCUGCAGUAUGGCUCAGGACAGCUUCUGGGCAUUGCUGGCAAAGACACACUGCAGAUAAGUAACAUCUCCAUCAAGGGACAGGACUUUGGUGAGUCGGUGUUUGAGCCAGGAACAACUUUUGUCCUUGCCCACUUCGAUGGUGUACUGGGCUUAGGCUACCCCUCCUUAGCAGUGGGCAAUGCUCUGCCUGUGUUUGACAGCAUCAUGAACCAACGCCUGGUAGAGGAGCCAAUCUUCUCUUUCUAUCUGAAAAGAGGAGAUGACACUGAGAAUGGCGGUGAGUUGAUUCUAGGGGGAAUAGACCAUUCUCGCUACAAAGGUUCAAUCCACUGGGUCCCAGUCACUGAGAAAAGCUACUGGCAAAUACACAUGAACAAUAUAAAGAUCCAGGGCCGGGUGGCAUUUUGCUCCCAUGGCUGCGAAGCCAUCGUUGACUCAGGCACUUCUCUUAUCACCGGCCCCUCUUCACAAAUCAGGCGAUUGCAGGAAUAUAUUGGGGCAAGUCCAUCAAAUAUUGGAGAGUUUCUCGUAGACUGCAGAAGACUGUCGAGCUUGCCUCACAUAAGCUUCACGAUCGGACACCGCGAAUACAAGCUGACAGCAGAGCAGUACAUCAUAAAGGAGUCUAUUGAUGACCAAACCUUCUGCAUGAGUGGCUUUCAGUCUCUCGACAUCCCCACUCGCACCGGCUCGCUCUGGAUUUUAGGAGAUGUCUUCAUGUCUGCAUUUUACUGUAUUUUUGACCGUGGGAAUGACAGAGUGGGAUUUGCAAAAGCUGUUCACAGGAAGGAUUACUACUGAGCUGUAAUAGCAUUUAUUCUAUCUUAGCUCAGGUUAAUGUAAUGAUCUUCAACAAUGUGAAGAAGAGCUUUUGCUGAAACUUUGGACCUAAAUGGGCAUUGUGUUGUCCCCAUCCAAGUUUUAAGGAAUUUGCAGUGAUCCUCGUCCCAGAUGAUAUAGUUUAUUAUAGUUGAUUAAAUAUCUAUAUGUUUACAACGGAGAAACCGUUUUUCCUGAG